AAAGGCUCCCGAGUGCUGCUGCAAUGCCCUGCUGCAGAUAGGGGGAGAAGCUCCUCUUCCUUCCCCAACUUGAUUUCCUUUUGGUGUGUGCCUGCUUCCCUCCUCAUUCCCUCCCCUUUAUUUUCUUGUGGAAGAGAAAGUAGCCACAGAGAGCCAACCAUGGAGGUCAGCAUGGACACAGCUGACAACAACAUGGCUGCGGCCGCCUCUGCUGCCCAGGAUGAGCUGAAUCAGCUCGAACGUGUGUUUUUGCGUCUUGGCCAUGCAGAAACAGAUGAACAACUGCAAAAUAUUAUAUCCAAAUUCCUACCCCCUGUUCUUCUGAAGCUUUCUAGUACACAGGAAGGGGUCCGCAAGAAGGUGAUGGAACUGCUAGUUCACUUGAAUAAACGAAUCAAGAGUCGUCCCAAAAUCCAGCUUCCUGUGGAGACCUUACUUGUCCAGUAUCAGGAUCCUUCUGCGGUUUCCUUUGUUACGAAUUUUACGAUAAUAUAUGUUAAGAUGGGCUACCCUCGUUUGCCUGUGGAAAAGCAAUGUGAGCUGGCUCCCACUCUCCUUACUGCAAUGGAAGGAAAACCUCAGCCUCAGCAAGACAGCCUAAUGCACCUUUUAAUACCAACCCUUUUCCACAUGAAAUAUCCCGUUGAACCUCUGAAAGCAACUUCUCCAUUCAACCUUGCUGAAAAACCAAAGACUGUACAGCUGCUAUUGGAUUUUAUGUUGGAUGUCCUUCUAAUGCCUUACGGAUACGUACUGAAUGAAUCCCAGAGUCGCCAAAGCGUGCCGCCAGGGCAGGGCGCCUCUUCAUCAACUAGUUCUGGAGGUGCUGGGAUCCCUCAGCCUCCUCCAGGGAUGAGCUUCUAUGCGGCCAAGCGGGUCAUUGGAGACAGCCCAUGGACACCUGAACAGCUGGAACAGUGUAAAUUGGGCAUCGUUAAGUUCAUUGAAGCUGAGCAGGUGCCUGAACUUGAAGCCGUCAUACAUUUGGUCAUCGCCUCCAGUGACACACGACACAGUGUGGCUACUGCUGCAGACCUUGAACUUAAAAGCAAGCAAAGUUUAAUUGACUGGAAUAAUCCAGUGAUCAUCAACAAGUUAUAUAAAGUGUAUCUUGGGGACAUACCACUAAAAACUAAGGAGGGAGCAGUUCUGAAACCGGAAUUGAAACGUGAUCCAGUUAGCACACGGGUUAAAUUGAAGAUUGUCCCUCAUCUUCUGCGUUCCAGACAGGCUGCAGAAACAUUUCCUGCAAAUAUUCAGGUUGUCUAUGAUGGACUGUUUGGAGCAAAUACCAAUGCAAAACUGAGAACCUUGUGUCUUCAGUUUGUGCAUCAUAUUUGUGUAAUUUGUCCAGACAGUAAGAUCAAGCCACUAGGCCCAAUGCUUUUGAAUGGACUGACAAAGCUGAUUAAUGAAUAUAAAGAGGAGCCCAAGCUACUGUCCAUGGCUUAUUCAGCUGUUGGAAAACUUUCCAGCCGAAUACCUCAGUUGUUCACCAAGGACCUGGCACUAGUUCAGCAGUUUUUUGAAGCCCUUUCUAAGGAAGACCCUGAUACUAGACUUGCUAUUCAGGAGGCCUUGUCUAUGAUGGUUGGAGCAUACACUAGUUUAGAAGGAGCACCACGCACGCUAAUGGAGGCACUUGUGGCCUCUAACCUGAUUAAGCCUCAGGUCCAAGUACGCCAGGUCGCAGUAAAGUUUGCCAGCACAGUGUUCCCUUCAGAUCACAUUCCUUCAAGAUACUUACUACUUUUAGCUGCAGGAGAUCCGCGAGAGGAGGUACAUGGGGAAGCACAACGUGCACUGAGAACAUUCCCUAGUAAAAAUGAAAAGGAAAGUGCUGGUAAACAGAUGCCUUCAUUCCCAGAAAUGGUCCAGUAUAUCCAAGAGAAGGCUUCCCACAGAAUGAAAACUCCUGCUAAAUACAUGACUGGGACUACUGUCAUGCCUUUCAACCCAGCUACUUUUGGAGAGAUAGUCCUAUAUCUCAGGAUGUGUCUUGCUCAUAGUGCUGGCGUGGUGCCCACCUCUCAGAGUUUAGCAGAUAUGCAAGAAGACCAGGCUCCUGCCAUUGGACGGUACAUAAGGAAUCUGCUCUCUGGGCAUGUUAUAACAUCCUCUUCAUCAAAGGGUGGCGAGAGCAACCCUGUGCAGAUCUACAUAAGUCUUCUUCAGCAGCUGCUCUCUGGUGUUGGAGGUUUGGCAGUCAUGUAUUGUCUACUGGAGGUUAUUUCAGUCUAUCCUGAAAAAUUAGCUGUGAGAUUUGUUGACAAAAUGGAUUGGAUAAAGAGCCUUAUGAAUACUAAUAAAGAAGAAAUGCGGGAGCUGGCUGCUCUAUUUUAUUCGGUAGUGUUGUCAACAGUUUCAGAAAAUGAAUUUAAAACAUCUGUUCAGCAGCUGAUAAAAACAGCAAAGGACAAUCAUAAUUUGGAACUGCAGCAUGGAUCCUUGUUGGCUCUAGGAUUCACUGUCGGACGGUAUUUAUCAAAGAGAAAAACUGGGAUGGUAGAACUGCAUGACCUUGAAGAUCCAAAUACAAUUAUUGCCCCAGAACAGGACCAGCUGAUCAAGUCAACAACGGAAACUAUAGGGUCUUUUUUGGAUAGUACUUCACCACUUUUGGCAGUAGCUGCAUGUACAGCAUUGGGAGAAAUUGGAAGGAAUGCCCCUUUGCCCAUUCCCAAUGAAGGCACUGGAUUUACAAAACUCCAUCUUGUUGAAAGCUUAUUAGCCAGGAUUCCAUCUGGCAAGGAAACGAAUAAGAUGAAAGAGCGGGCUAUACAAACACUAGGCUACUUUCCAGUGGGGGAUGGAGACUUUCCCCACCAGAAGCUACUCUUACAAGGAUUAAUGGAUUCUGUUGAGGCAAAGCAAAUUGAGCUACAGUUUACUGUUGGUGAAGCAAUUACUAGUGCUGCCGUAGGAACCAGUUCUGUAGCUGCACGUGAUGCGUGGAUGGUAGCUGAAGAAGAGUACACUCCUCCUGUUGAUGUGAAAGUGAAUGAUGUGGUUCCCUGGGUUUUGGAUGUCAUUUUGAGUAAGCACAUUGUCAGUCCAAACCCUCACGUGAGGCAAGCUUCCUGUAUCUGGCUUUUAUCACUGGUGAAGAAAUUGAGCACCCACAAAGAGAUUAAGACUCAUCUCAAAGAUAUUCAAACUGCCUUUGUAUCUAUUCUGUCUGAAAGUGAUGAACUCAGUCAAGAUGUUGCUUCUAAAGGCCUCGGUUUGGUAUAUGAGCUUGGGAAUGAACAAGAUCAGCAGGAACUUGUUACAACUCUUGUUGAAACUCUUAUGACUGGAAAAAGAGUUAAGCAUGAGGUGAUGGGAGAAACAGUAAUGUUCCAGGGAUCAGGCCUUGGCAAGACUCCAGAUGGCCAGGGUCUUUCUACUUACCAGGAGCUUUGUUCACUUGCUAGUGACCUCAACCAGCCUGAUUUGGUGUACAAAUUCAUGAAUUUGGCCAAUCAUCAUGCAAUGUGGAACUCCCGGAAGGGAGCAGCUUUUGGUUUUAAUGUGAUUGCUACCAAAGCUGGGGAGCAGCUGGCUCCUUUUCUACCCCAGCUCCUUCCUCGUCUCUAUCGCUACCAAUUUGACCCCAAUGUUGGGAUUCGGCAGGCUAUGACCAGCAUUUGGAAUGCACUAGUCACAGACAAAUCUGCAGUGGACAAGUAUAUGAAAGAAAUUCUUGAUGAUUUAAUAACCAAUCUGACUAGCAAUAUGUGGCGGAUUCGAGAGUCCAGUUGUCUAGCACUGAAUGACUUGCUGAGAGGAAGACCUUUGGAUGAUAUUAUUCAUCAGCUUCCGGAAAUAUGGGAAACUCUCUUCAGAGUGCAAGAUGAUAUAAAGGAAUCUGUGCGAAAGGCUGCAGAAUUAGCCCUGAAAACAUUAAGCAAGGUCUGUGUGAAAAUGUGUGACCCGUCUAAAGGAGCUGCUGGCCAGAGAACUAUUGCUGUCCUGCUGCCAUGUCUCCUUGAUAAAGGAAUGAUGAACACAGUAACUGAAGUUCGAACUCUUAGCAUUAACACCCUGGUCAAGAUCAGCAAAAGCGCUGGGGCAAUGCUCAAGCCACAUGCCCCCAAACUCAUCCCAGCUUUGUUGGAGUCACUAAGUGUGUUGGAGCCUCAGGUACUAAAUUACCUGAGUUUGCGGGCUACAGAGCAGGAAAAGGCUGAGAUGGACAGUGCAAGAUUAAGUGCUGCUAAAUCCUCCCCCAUGAUGGAGACCAUCAAUAUGUGUUUGCAGUAUCUGGAUGUGUCUGUCCUGGGCGAGCUAAUUCCUAGGUUAUGUGAACUGACCAGGAGUGGAAUAGGCAUUGGCACUAAGGGUGGCUGUGCCAGUGUAAUUGUAUCACUAACUACACAGUGUCCACAAGACUUGACCCCAUAUUCAGGCAAACUGAUGAGUGCUUUGCUAAGUGGUUUAACAGAUCGCAACACGGUGGUGCAGAAAUCUUAUGCCUUUGCGAUGGGGCAUCUAGUUCGGACCUCGCGGGACAGCAGCACUGACAAACUGCUGCAGAAGCUGAAUAACUGGUAUAUGGAGAAGGAAGAACAAAUCUAUAAACUAGGCUGCGCAUUAACUAUUCAUGCUAUUGGGCGAUACAGUCCAGAUGUACUGAAGAAUCAAGCCAGAUAUGUCCUUCCCUUGGCCUUCCUGGGGAUGCAUGAGGUUCCUGACGAAGAAAAAGGAGAGAAAGAAGAUAGCAACCUAUGGACAGAAGUGUGGCAGGAAAAUGUGCCUGGCACCCAUGGUGGCAUAAGGCUUUAUAUGGAGGAACUGAUAGCCAUCACCCAGAAAGCUUUGCAGUCUCCAUCUUGGAAGAUGAAAGCUCAGGGAGCAGCUGCCAUGGCAUCUAUCGCAAAGCAAACUGGUUCCUUGGUCCCCCCACACUUGGGCCUGGUUCUCACUGCUCUGUUGCAAGGCCUGUCUGGAAGAACAUGGACCGGAAAGGAGGAGUUAUUGAAAGCUAUUGCCAGUGUCAUUACUUCAUGCAGCACUGAACUCCACAAGUCCAUACCUGGCCAGCCCAGUGUCGAUGACAUCCUUCAGGCUAUGCUUAAGGAGUGUCGCAAAGACAACCUCAGAUACAAGAUUGUGGCCCUCCGGUGCACGGCUGAUGUGCUGAAGACAAUGCAGGAAAAUCGCUUCCAGGAACUGACAGACAUCAUUUUCCCAAUAAUACAGAAGAAUUGCCCUGAGAAAAAAGCAGCCAGUUCACCACAGAAUGAUGAUGAGGAUGAGGAUGAAAAUGAGAAGGAGCUCCAGAUGGAAUCCCUCCUCUGUGCCUUUGAGAGUUUGGGGAAAGCAUGGCCUAGAAACCCAGAAACACAGUGCUGCUAUCGACAAGAAUUGUGUACACUCAUGUGUGAGCGGCUGAAACUCAGUACGUGGAAGGUUCAGCUUGCAGUCCUCCAAGCAAUGAAGGCUUAUUUUCAAGGGUUACUCUUGCUUGAAGCAGAACAUGCAGACCCAGUGGCUUUGUCAAGAAUAUUGUCUGAAACCUGUUCGUCUAUUACCCAUUCUCUUGAGAACAGAAGUUACUUCUCUAUAAGAACUGAAGCCUUGUCAGUAAUAGAAGUGCUACUAGCAAAACUUGAAGAAUCCAAACAGUGGGAAAGUCUGAGCACCGAAAGCAGAGAACUCCUCCUAAGCUCCUUAACAGCCCUGACUCUGGACAGCAGGCCUGAACUACAAGAGAAAGCAUCUAUGUUAAAGAAAACCUUAGUAAAUCUUGAUUGAUUUAAAAAUCUAACCAAGUGCCGUGCAAAACAAAGCUAGCAAAAAUGUGCUCAGUGUGUUCUUGACUACACAGAGGGGGAAACUGAAGAUGAUUUUGUAGCAUGCAUCAUUCCUUGGCUAAAAUAAAGAAUACUUUGAAUUCUGUCCCCCAUUAAUUUAUGUUUGUUUUUUAACACAGUUUGGUUAGUGUGCAAGCCAGGCACGUGUUAAAUGAAAAACCCAAACUUUGUAAUGGAUUUUUGGGAAACGUUCUGAUCUGUCAGUAAAUAGAGGGGAAGAAGCACCUUAUUAAUCAGUUAGACAGGCAAAAAUGGUGACUACACGGUAACUACUCUUGUAAAAGGAUUAACAAAAGUGAUUGUGGGAGAACUGGAGAACAAAGGCCCUGCUUGUACCUUUUGUGUGCUGUAAUUAUUACUUGUUAUAUUGGUAGCAUUCUGGGUGCCAAUAGAAAGAUGAAAUGAACUAAUAAUAAUAUAAAGAGGCCAUGUUUUCUUCUAUUUGAGUCUGACCUCUCUGUUGGAAAUUUCUCACUGUGUGCUGGUUGUUCUGGGUGUCUAUAUCCUGUCAUUUCAUCAGAUGUAAAAGUAGAGUAAAUAUGAACAUUUGGGCUAGUCCAUGCUUUCCUGAGUAAAAAGUGUGGAUCAUUCCACAUAAAAAUGCACACUAGAAGCACUUUAAUUUGUUGCCUGGAAAUAAGGUUAUAUGUGGGAACUGCUUUAAAAAGAGAGAAAAAAUGAACCCUGCUCUUGCCAAGGUUUAUUUGUAUGAUGAUCAGUACUAGCAAACCCCUUGUCUAAAAAUGGCCUAUAUUUCCUCAGAAAGAUCUCACAGUAGACUUCCCCUCUUGAGUUCAUAGCUUAUCUUCUGUUUUGGGAUAUGAUAACUAAUUAACGUUAUUAAGCUUAUAUGAUUAGUAACAUUAUCAGCCAUAUGAUCUCCUGGGUUUUGAAGAAAUACUUUUGAUUUUCACAUCAAGACAUGAUACUGUGCCCAUUGAUGCCAAGUUAAAAUGUGAUUGUGUUCAAUAUCCCUGUUACCCUGUUUUUUUCUGUAGUAGCAAAAGAAGAAAGAAGACAUUUGCUCCAAUUUUAAUAAAGAAUUUUAAGGUGAUGCGGUUACAUUUUUAAUUUGUGCAACUUCAAAUCCAUAGCCUUCAGCAAUACCAUUACUUGUAUAAUUUCUUGCCAUAUACACACAGAAGAAAGUACUGUGGUGGAAUCUGCGUGCUACUUGCUGACGGAUUGCCAUGUAUGAUAUUUCUGUAUGUAGGAUGUUGUCUAGAACAUGGAAUGUUUGACAUGAAGAACUUUACUCAGGUAGUUUGCUGAUUCAUACAUAGAAUUUUUCUAUGUAUGAACUCAUUCUCCAGGAUUGAUAAUACUCUUGGGGUCUGUUCCCAGAGUUAGCAGCCCCCAACUAGUCAAGCAAGACUACUAGUGCAGGAAUGGGCAAACCUUUUUGCCUUGGGACCACAUUGUGGGCUGGGCUGGGAGGGAUAGGGCCUGUGAGAGGGUGGGCCGGAAGGGGGCAGGGAGAGCCUGGGUCAUCCUCAAGUUAUCCUCCUGGGAUGAGGCUGCUCGCUCCAUCCUUAUGCUGGGAAUAAAAUGAUAUAUGUGGCGACUGCCCCGAUCCUCCUUCCAGAAUCUUCGGGCUUUUCUCUUGGGAGGAGGGCGAGACAGACAAUGGCUGAGAAAGCUCCAGAGGACUCUCAGCUGCUGUGUACCUUCUUCGGGCCGUCUUCUCGGCAUAAGGACAGGUCUGCUUGCACCGUCCCUAUGCCAGGAGGAGGGCGAGACAUGCGGUGGCUGAGAGUACUCCAGAGGGAUCUCAGCUGCUGUGUCCCUUCCUCCCCCAUCUUUUCUGCAUAAGGAUUCAGUUGGCUACCGUAUCCUUAUGCCGAGAGGACAGGGAAAAUGAGGGCCUGAGGUAAGCACCCAGAGGGCCGAAUCUGGCCCCUGGGCCAUAGUUUGCCCAUGCCUAUACUAGCGCAUUAGUGGUUCAGCAAGGGUCACUCAGAUGUGUUUGUGUGCAGCAGUGACUUCAAAGAGCUAUAUGGUCUGUCCCAAAAGUAAUGAGAACUAUUAUUUUAUUGAGCAUACAUGAAGUUGCAGUUUAUCCUCUUAAAAAUAGGUUCCUUGUGAUCAAAUAUAGAGAUUUCCGCAUUGUUGCCACUCUUCGUAGCAGUGGAGGAAGUCUUCACUUGAGAUGUUCAAAGCCCUCCUCACAACUACCUAGAUGUUUUCAACUAUCUGAAAAUGAUGUCCUUUUCAAUGAGUUUUGAGCUUGGGGAGAGAAAUUGCACGGAGCUAAGUCAGGGCUAGACGGGGAAGCAUUCAGAGCACCUUCAUACAUCUUUCUCAGUUCUUGAAAUGGAAGGAUGUUGCUCCAGACUCCUCUGCAGUUUCACCUGUGACAAAACACAACUUUACUAAUGUAUUGACUGCUACAAAGGAGUGGACUCAACUGAAGAAGGUCAAACUGAAUGACUGGGUUCCUCCUCCAUCUGCUUCCACCUCCAUUUUCCUUUUUCCAGCUCUUCUGCACUGCACAAAAAUAAUAAGUUUCAUCACUUUGAGGACAGACUGCUUAUUUAUAUAGCUCCUGCAGACUACUCUUGUCCAAGUCGUUUUCUUUGUGCAAAUUCUGGCAGAUUCGUGAACAACUUUAGUGUAGAGAUUACAUAUCAUAUGGUUGGUGAAGAGCUACAGGUUUCUUAAGAGAAUUGAGGAUUUUAUCACAUGGAGUUGGUAAACCAGCACUGUAGCGGGAUUGUCACCUUUUGUGUAGAUCCCUAUUAUACAACAUUCACCACAUCCCCACCAUGAUGCCAUCAGAGGCUAUUGAUGAAGUCCUGGGACUUACCUUGUGCAGUGAGUCCAAUCACUCUCUUUGCUAUAAUUUUUUUAAAAAUUCACAUGAAACUUGCAAUUGAAAUCUUUUGUAGGGAAGUGAAAUAUCAGAAUGAAGAAAAUGUGACUUGCCAGGCAUUGUUGCAUUGUGUUGUCUCUGCAUAGUUGACUGGUUUGCCUAGCCCUGAUGGUUCAACAAUAUUUCAAAGGCUACAUGUUCACCGCCCCUGGUUUAUCAUAUUUGAUAAGAAAGGAUUUUAUGUUCUCUCCAUACUUGCCCAGAAGUGUCAAAAGAUGUGAUGGAGCAUUAUGUCAACUCUUUUAUUCUUAGUAGCACCUAAUGGGUGGGAUGUUCACUCCUGACAUCACACCAAAGCUUCAGAAAUGCCAACAUGUUUUAUGAGCUGGCCUUGAGAAUGUGAUAAGGAAAAUUUGACUGCUAUGUGUUUGUCUGAUUCUAUGUGGCUAAGGAACUGUGAUGUGCCAUCAGUUAAUUUAAAGGAUUGUAAUGUAUUUACAGAGAGUUGCUUGUUGAGUUUGAGUUUGCCAAACACAUCUAUAAAAUGGAACGUUUCAAGCCAUGAUGUCUUGCAUAACUUCUGACAGAUUUUCCACUUUUUAAAAAGGACUUGGGCAGAAAUGUUAAGUGUUGCUUUUUUGUUUUUGCAACUGUCAUUUUGUGUGUUUAAGAGAGCCUGUGCCAACUAUAAAAAUGUGCUAGAUUCCCAGUGUGAUUCUUCAGCAAGAGAUUCAGGAAUUUAUAAAUGGGUUCCAAAGUAUGAAUUUGAAGCAGCUACUCUAGUAGGUAUUUUCAAAUGGAGAUUUUAUAUCAACUAUGCUAAAAAUUUAAAAAUUCCAGAGUGAGAACAGUAACAAGAACUACCUGGAAUGUGCAGGUUUGGUAAAUAGCUUCUCUGAAUAUCUCUUCAUUCUUCCAAAUUGAGAUUCUGAACACGUGCCUGUCUGAGAAACCUACUUGCUAAAAGUUUCACGGAUGUCAAGAUAGCUGUCCCUUUUUCAAAUUUGUUGACUUAAUAGACAAAAGUGGCCUUUGGAAAUUAAUGUUUUCCUCUGAAAACAAUUGCACUAUAAAACAUUGUCGCCCAAAUAUGGGUGUUUGUGCUGCUGUUUCAUGCUGCUUUGUAUACCUGGAUUAAAGUGUAAAUUCAACACUAGCACCCAGCUGAUUACAGUCUGUUUUAUGUUGAAAGAUUUCUAAUGUUGCAGGGAAAGAAAUUCUCCAUUAAAUUCACUGCAUUGAAUUUCUGUAUCUGGAUAUCAAAUAUGUAUACAUACUCUGAAACUUUCCUCUAUAAAGUGUUACAUUUAAUAAAGAAACAUGACCUCUU